AUGUUCAGCUUCCUUGAAUCCAAAACCUCAGCGUCAAAGGCGUAUGUGUCGCACGGCAACCUGCCUCCAUUCGUAGAUCCUGAGCAACCACCAUCCACGAAGAAACCAUUUUCAACCAUCUUAGGCCAGCCAUUCACUCACACGGUUCAAUUAGUUCUCCCUCAAGAGCUGUAUGAUGUUGUCUGGAAAGAGGUCGAAGCGAAGAUCAGCAACAUUCAAUAUUCUCGGGUUAUCAUGCCUCUGUCUGGAUUGCUCGAGGGUGACUUCUUCAACAGAUACAUCAAGAUUGGCAAUAUCUUGAUGCUCUCCGAAGGCCGUCCUGGUGUAGAUGAUCGCUAUUCCCUCAAAGACGGCAAGUUAGUCCCCGAGCGUAGCUGUUCUCCGAGCUGUGCCAUUGAGUGCUGGCUGAUCCUCAUAUCAGGCGUACUUCGUCUCGAGCUCGCAAAAGAUAAGUACGAACGAUGCGGCCUAGUUGGCCAGCCUGUCCGAGACGCGGGACGAAAGCAUUUCAAGACUCGAUACGCAGUCGAUAUAAAUCUCCGAUUACCAUCGAUGCUGCACGGGAAAAAAGGCUUCGAGAGGAUCGUAUGGGCAUUGAAGAAUGUUCUCAACCAUUCAGUGACUUGGCUUUUCCAUGAUCUCAAUUCAAAUUCUGAACCCAGUAAGGCUAUUGCGAGUGCAAAAACCGACGACAAUUGUGUCACUGAGUGCAGUAUAGCAGCGACAGACGCGCCGAUUAUCGAGCACCACCCAGUGACCAAAGACUGUUCACCUCAUCAGAAGAUCACGGAGAGAGUCAGUGUACCGAACUUCAUUCCUCCCCCUUAUUCAGAUUCCAACGACGACUUCGAAGAUUGGGCCCUCGAGACCUAUGAGUGGCUCAGCCUCGUCGCCAUGGAAAGUCCUCGCAUCCUUUCAGAAGAUACUAUUGAUCCCUACCUCAGUCGCUACCAAAUUCCAGACGGUGACUCAGCAAAAGUUCUCAAUAUGAUCACGUUGACAUGGACCGGCUUCAUCCCGGCCUUAUGGGCUAGGCAUCUAUUUAUAUGUUUGUCAAGUGCCAAGACUACAAUUCGAGAAGGAGCUUCGAGCGAACACUUCUUUGCUUUGAGUGCCUAUAGCUUUAAGACUGCUGUGACUGAUCAGAAGGAUGCCUAUACGAUUUUGUAUGUAUCGGAUGAGAUUGUGAAUAACCAAAGCGCCGUCGCUGUGGCGGGCAAGACGAAAGAGUCUGGGCACUCCAGAAUUUACGAAAGGCGCGGAAGGAAGUAUGUACUCUGGGAACAAAGUUGUGGUUAA